AUGGGUCUUAGGAAGAGAGCGGCCGUGCCUAUUGACGACGUUGUCGUUGCUUCCGAGCCGGCGCCUAAAAAGAAAAGGGUCGAGUCCCCCAGACUGAGGGAUUCUCCUCCUUCUCCCCUUCGGAGCUCUUCCAUUGCGUCGCGUACGAGGGCUUCGACGAGGAAAGCCUCGACUUCUGUUCCUGAGGGCGUUCCGGAGCAAGUGAUCGAGCUUGACUCUCCUCCUUCCUCGGAUCAUGACGAGUCUUCCCAUCACGAUGAGAGUGCUUCUCAUCACGAUGAUUUGAGGAUGGUUUGA